CUGGUAGUGUCGAUUGAUAAAUUAAUGCUAUGGCGGGUUGAUAGCUGGAAAAAAUAUGGUCCCAAUGAAUGCAUUAGUAUGUCAUUACGAAUACUGUGCGACCAAUUACUUAUUACUACAGAGAGUAAAGUUUUGGAAACCAUCAAUAUGAAUGAAAAAAUUAAAGGUAUUUAUAAAGGAGACGUUUUGGUGUUAUUCAUUAGACGAACAGCUCAAGAAAUACGAAAAAUAAAGUUUCAAAUAAAAAAUAAUACCGAUCAUUGUUUGGAACUACUAAAUAAAUAUUUUCCCGUUGUAAGUCAUAAUUCCAGACCUAACAACAUCAGACCACGUUAUCGAAACAUUGAAGAGGUAUUAACUUAUGCCUUAAAUAAAAAAGACCUCACCAGUUGUACUACUGAUUUACCACCAUCUUUUAAGAACUUCGUUAAACUGUGCCUUCUAGAUCCAUCAUUUCCGAAAUUGGUCCAAGAAACUCAAAAGUUUCUCAACUGCAAAAUCAAUAAGAAUUCGGAUUUCACGGAGUGA